AUGAGUAUUGAAGUUCCUUACGAUUCCACCAUCUUCUCUACUCCUGUCAUUGUCAAACCCACUCCUUCUGCUCAAGACCAUGAAAUUUUGAGAUCAAUCCUCACAAGUGCUGUACCCAAUGAGAUGACACGUUCAUAUUUUGCCACGGAACGUUCGGUUUAUGUCGAACUCUCGGAAUCACCCUUCCCGAACAUAUCUACAGGAAGGGAAGAUGACCAAAACUUAUUCGUUGCCCCGGAUUCGGAUGGAACUGUGACUCACGUUCGUAUAACUUUGGAAAGGACAAUUGGGGAGAAGACCAAGAGUCUUUUUGAUUGGGCAGUACCGUCGAAGAGGACAAGAAGAUAUAAGAUCACCGGUCAGGGCCUCUUUUUCGGAUCUGUAAUGCAGAACACUUCAGGAGGUUCUGAGUCUGGUGGGGAAGAGGUGGUAAUUGAAGAUGAUACAUCUACCUACAGUCAAACUGAACAAGAUAUGAAUAAUGAAGGCAUUUCAAACAUAGAUACUCGGACAAACAAUUUGAGUAUACCUACCCAACAAGAAACUUCAAUAACAAGAACUAAACGAGGCAGAUUCCUUUCUUUGAUACUUUACGCUUCUUAUUCUCCUCAUCCAGCGGAUAGAGAUGAAGAGAUUCUCUCAGCCAUUCUGACAUUUCCAGAAAUUGAUAGCGUAAUAAUUCAUUCCAUUCAAGAUGGCAAACCCUUGUGUAUUGAAUUAUCCUCCAAUCGUACCCAUGUACUUGAACCACAAACUUCAAAUGAAUAUUCGACUUUUACAAUGCAUCAUCGUUCUCAACAGGAUUGUAUUUACGUCAGGACUAGACCUGGGUUGGACGAUGAGGUUGUAGGGAAGAUUAGGAUCAUACAAUAUGAGAUGGUUGGUAGGGUAGACCUGACUAGUAUAUGUGAUUGGAUGUUGAAGAUGUCAAUGUGA